UGUGGGUUUGCAGGGACAGGGAGGAUGCAUCCGGGAUCUUCGAAAUGCAGGUGGGUCCGGGAGUUGGAGUGUUUCUACUUGUAUUUUCUUACGUGAUGGGGGCACCACUGUCUCUGAAGGAAAUGUGCCCCUUUGAGCGUCAUUUCUUAUUUCUGCUCUUGGCCUGGUGACAGCCUGAGGACGAACCACAGUCCCUCCCGCGUCCCUGUGGCCCAUGCACUCUGCUUGUCAGGAUGGCCGCACACGCACACCCGCGCACAUGCAUGGCACGCACAGGACUCAAGCACAAGGGUCAGUCCUGCCACAUCCUGAACACCAGGAGCUCUGCUGGGCUGAGAUCCAUGUCACAGUGUCACCUGGGCGCCAACCGGCUGGUGUCAGUAGAGCAGGACUGAGGUCAUGUGACCUCCGACCCCGCACAGAUGGAGUCAGGGCGCCAAAUGGAAGGCAGGAGCCUUACCUCUGUGAGAAGACAGCCAGGCUAGCCUAUCAGAGUGUCCGUGGUCAUGUUGAUCACAGAACCCUGCCUCCCACCUUAAACCUUCCUUGUUGCGUGCGGAUUUGUACCCGAGUGACUUCUUGAAGCUCAAGCAGCAGAGAAUCUGUUGAACGUUUCGUAAUGUGCUUUUCUAGCAUUUGCAGCAUUUCAUUGUAUUGUUUCUUGCAGGAACUCGAAUUCCCGGACCUGACGGCCGUUCUGCACUGCGUUCACGCCUUCCUAGCAGCAAAGGUGGCCUCUGUGGACCCCGCGUUUGUGGACAGCCAGAGUAUUGCGAGGAAAGUCCUUCCGUUGAACACUGAACAUUAAAUUAUUUUCUUAAGAAAUGACUUUUUCCUGCAAAUAUUGCAACUCUGUGUGAUUUUAUAACGAGCCUAUAGUUGUGAUACCAAUAAAAUACGUCACUAGUUUGCAGAGACAGUCGUCCUUCUUAGACCUGACGGGCCAGGGCACUGCGCGGGCGGAGCUGCCUUUCAGCCGGGGUCUCCCACUCAUGCGAAAGCAUGCUCCGCACCAUGCGUCCACUUCCCACGUAGCAAACAGCCAGACAGUUUCCAUGGAUUAUGUCCUAGAGAAUCCUGAGAGCCCGCCGCUUGGAUUCUCCAGAAGGGAAGGGUUUCAUCUGCAUUUGGGUUAACUUCCCCUUUUUCUCAAGGAGGGGCUGAGUAAAGGUGUUAAUUUGAGAAAUGAGUGGCAAAAAUACGUCAGAAAGAAAAUUAAUUUCAAUUCUUUAAUUUUACUGUUUUUAUAAACUAUUAUAUAAUUAACACGUGAUUUAAGUGCUAAUUUAAAUUACGUUCCUAAUUUGUAAAAUAAUGCCUUUAUCGCAGUUUCCUUAUUUUUUGUACUGUUUACUACUUCUAAGAAGUUCCUCUUUCUAUUUUUGUCAUUAAAAGCAACUCAUGGACUCCUGAACCUUCUUUGACGGAGACGGACUGUGGUCCUAGAUCACAUCCUCAGGUCUCAAGUGUGCGAGGACAGGAAGCACGUAACCGUCAGACUGUACGGUUCAGGAGAACAGGUAGCUGGUUCCUGCAGGAAAGCAGAACUUGACCCAAGACCAUCUCUUGUCAUAAAACAGCAAUCCUCCAACGCUAGACGUGGUCCUCCUACUGUUCACUGAGCAGUCAGAGCGCUGAAGAGCCGCAGGGACAUUUGAAUGGGGCUGCUGUUAUUCCUGAUGGGGGCGGCAUGGCUGGGCCACAGCGCAGACAGAACCACAUCACCGAGGCAAAGAGAACCGUAAGGGGAUUGACACUUCAUCACCUGACUCUCAACUCAUGGCCCAGCCUUUCCUCCAUGAAGUAAGAGUAAAGCAUUUUCAAAUGCAAGCUGUUCUCCAGAGGAGACUUGCCGUAUGUUCAAGUCCCGACACGGACCAGGACCCGCGUGCCAUCAGGAGCCUCAGUCCCUCCUCUGCAAGUGGAGACAGUGUCAGGUGCCCGCGAAGGUGUUGUGAGGACUGCCUACGUCACUCAGGACGGGACGGAGACUCUCCUGUCAUCAGCGUCGUGGAAGAGAGCAGGCGCAUGGUGGACAGCGCCAUCUACCAUACCAUGAGGAGAGACCUCAGCAAAAGAGAGAUCCCAUCUCCAUCACGGCUUCUGUCUUUCUCCAAACUCCCUGAGCCAACCAGUCGAGCCGUCUCCCGAGCGGCCGAGAUCAUGGAAGCUUCCGUGCGGGCCCUGAAGACAAGAGUCUACGGGAAGCUGGGCCGAUCUCGGCCACCCACCGAUGUCCUGCCGGAAGAUGUGCUGAACACAAUUGCGAAUGUGUCCGGAUGCCUGCCUUACAUGCUGCCCCCUGGAUGUCCGAACACCUGCCUGGCCAGCAAGUACAGGCUCAUCACGGGCGCCUGCAACAGCAGAGACCACCCCAGGUGGGGAGCCGCCAACACAGCCCUGGCGAGAUGGCUGCCGCCCGCCUACGAAGACGGCGUCAGUGAGCCCAGAGGGUGGAACCCCCACUUCCUGUACAACGGCUUCCCACUGCCCCCGGUCCGGGAGGUGACAAGACAAGUCAUCCAGGUCCCCAACGAGGCCGUCACAGAGGAUGACCAAUAUUCUGACCUCCUGAUGGUGUGGGGGCAGUAUAUCGAUCACGACAUUGCGUUCACACCUCAGACUACUAGCAAAGCUGCAUUUGGGGGAGGAGCUGACUGCCAGCUGACCUGUGAAAACCAAAACCCAUGUUUUCCCAUACAGCUGCCCGCCAAUGCCUCAGGGACCGCGGGGGGCGCAUGUUUGCCGUUUUACCGCUCCUCUGCCGCCUGUGGCACCGGGAUCCAAGGCGCCUUCUUUGGCAACGUGACCUCGGCCAACCCGCGACAACAGAUGAACGGGCUGACCUCUUUCCUGGACGCGUCCACGGUGUACGGCAGCUCCCCGGCCUUGGAGAAGCAACUGCGCAACUGGACCAGUGCCGAGGGGCUGCUCCGGGUCAACACGCGCCACUGGGACGCCGGCCGCGCCUACCUGCCCUUCACACGGCCUCCUGCACCCACAGCCUGCGUGCCUGAGCCCGGCACCCACGGGACGGCCGGGGCACCCUGCUUCCUGGCAGGGGAUGGCCGAGCCAGCGAGGUCCCCGCUCUGACGGCCGUGCACACGCUGUGGCUGCGUGAGCACAACCGCCUGGCCUCCGCGCUCAAGGCUCUCAACGCUCACUGGAGCGCCGACACGGCCUACCAGGAGGCGCGCAAGGUGGUGGGCGCCCUGCACCAGAUCAUCACCAUGCGAGACUAUGUCCCCAAAGUCCUGGGCCCUGAGGCCUUCCAGCAACACGUGGGCCCCUAUGGGGGCUACGACCCUGGCGUGGACCCCACCGUGUCCAACGUGUUUUCCACGGCUGCCUUCCGCUUUGGCCACGCCACAGUGCACCCACUGGUGAGGCGGCUGGACGCCCGCUUCCAGGAGCACCCUGCCCUCCCCCCGUUGCGGCUGCAGGACGCCUUCUUCAGCCCCUGGAGGCUCCUCAAGGAAGGUGGUGUGGACCCCCUGGUGAGGGGCCUUCUCGCGAGACCAGCCAAACUGCAGGUGCAGGACCAGCUGAUGAAUGAGGAGCUGACAGAGAGGCUGUUCGUGCUGGGGAGCUCGGGCAGGCUGGACCUGGCAUCGAUUAACCUGCAGCGGGGCCGGGACCACGGCCUGCCAGGCUACAACGCAUGGAGGGAGUUCUGCGGCCUGCCCAGACUGGAGACGCGGGCCGACCUGCGCUCUGCCGUCACCAAUGCGAGCAUCGCGGGCCGCAUAAUGGACCUGUACGGGCACCCUGACAACAUCGAUGUCUGGCUGGGCGGCCUAGCCGAGACCUUCCUGCCCCAGGCGCGCACGGGUCCGCUGUUUGCGUGCCUCAUUGGGAAACAGAUGAAGGCCCUGAGGGACGGAGACCGGAGGCGUCCUCAGCCGCGGGUCCCCUGCAGCGCACUCGGCCCUCUCCUCCCGUGCAGGUUCUGGUGGGAGAGCAGUGGAGUGUUCACCGAGGCCCAACGGCGCGAGCUGGCGAGGCAUUCCCUAUCCCGGGUCAUCUGUGACAACACGGGCCUCCCCAGCGUGCCCGCAGACGCCUUCCAAAUCGGGAGAUUCCCGCAGGACUUUGAGUCAUGUGAGAACAUUCCGGGUCUGAACCUGGACAUGUGGAGGGAAGCCCUUCCUCAAGGUGACGCAUGCAGCCUCCCGGACGGCGUGGACAACGGGGGCGUCACGCUCUGUGGCGAGUCGGGGCAGCACGUGCUCGUGUUCUUCUGCCACCACGGGUUCCAGCUGCAAGGCCAGGAGCAGGUGGCCUGCUCCCCCAGGGGCGCGGAUCUCCGGCCCCCCGUCUGCAGAGAUAUCAAUGAGUGUGAAGACGUGACACCCCCUCCCUGCCACCCGUCGGCCCGGUGUAGGAACACCAAGGGCAGCUUCAGGUGCGAGUGCACAGACCCCUACGUGCUGGGGGAGGACGGAACGACGUGUGUAGACUCUGGGAGGCUCCCGAAGGCGUCCUUGGUCUCCAUCGCGUUGGGCGCCCUGCUGGUUGGUGGCCUGGCAGGUCUCACCUGGACGGUGAUUUGCAGGUGGACGCACGCAGGCCGUAAAGCCUCACUGCACAUCAGAGACACAGGUGGAAGAGGCACCUGCCAGCCAGGUCGUGGAACACGCCGGGACAUGAGUGUGUCACAGCCUGGUGCCCCUGCUCGGGGCGCAGGGCAGGACCCGGCCUGUGGAUCCCAAAUCCUUCUCUGCCAGUAGGAGCCACAGUGGUGCACGUGGAAGCUGGGCAUGAGCGGGUGCGGCUGCGGGCUGAUUCCUGGGAGCGGACGGUCAGGCUCGGGACAGGAACUCCCCUUCCCACACGACGGAGGAAGACGUUCACUCUGGAAACAACUCUGAUCCCGGCAUUUCCAUCCCGAAUAAAGUGUGUCCUGCUCCCCGAGCCAGAGUCAGGUGUCCCCUGCAUUUGCUUUCACGGGUCGGUGACGGGGCGGACGAUGGCGCACCUGCCCGUUGUCGGACGCUGAUCAGGACACACCGACCUCGUGUUCACUGCCUGACAACAGUUCCUGUUUCCAAAAUCACCGCUGAGGCUGUUUUCUAAAUCGAGGCUGGUCGAGCUGUAGUUACGAUCCAGCGCGGCCCAUAAAUCCUCGCCCCUCACAGCGUCUGGUGCUCUGUGAACCCGCCUGACCCCGUCCCCCCGCGGCUGCCUCCACACGCAGCUACACGCUUACGAGCCUCUUCUUCCCGCCCGACAAACGGGGACACGUUGUUCUCACUGCACUCACGUCUGUCUUCCCUGGUGUCACCCUGCCACCCCUCCUCUUCCUUCCGCCGCUUUUCCUGCCCUCCCGCCUGCUUCCCUGCUUCCCUCUAAGCCACGGACGCUCCAUGCCUGCGUCCCCUCCCGGCUGCCCUCCCUGCGGACGGCAGUGGAAGGAGGAUGGCUCUUGGGGUUUGUGUUGCCCUCAAGGGGACCACGGUAAAUCUCUUGGAUCCGGGCCCCGCUCCGGGCACCUACUGCCCAGCCCCAGCUAACCUAAGCACGCGGGUAAAAGCCCGUCGUCCCUCUGAGGCUCCCCAGCCUCAGUGGCAUCAGGGGCUGGAGGUCCCCACAAAGCAGCGACUGUCACGGCCCCAGUUUUCCACACGAAGUGACCGAGUGGCAGGCUGAGUCCCCUGCCCAGGUGGCCGGUCCCUCCCAGCCCCGCCGGGAGAUGGGAAGCCUUCCCUCCCGGCAGAACGGCACGUAGACGCACCUGCCCCGGACCGUGGAGCCAAGUUCGUGGCCGAGAGACCAGCUCAGGCCCAAGCAGCAAUUCCUGAUGAGCCGGGAGGGAGGACCUGGCCGAGGAAAUCGGUGCGUGUUUGUGAAACACGUCUUACUGCUCGUAACCUUCAGACACUGCUGUGCUUCUCACAGGGGUGGGUCCCAGAUUCUUAUUACUGUGAGUAUAACACUAAGGACAACGAUUAA